AUGCUAAAAAGGGCUCUCCUCCAGUGUUUUCUGAUGCUGGUGUGCUGCUCUGAGCUCGCACUCAAUCGCAAAUGGCAUCCUUAUAAAGGACGGCGAUACGAUCUCACACUAUUCAUCCGAAAUCACAACGUUACCGACGCCACAUUCUUCCGGUUGGUAGGCGUCGACAACACUGCCGAUUUUAACGUCACUGCUGGCAACACGUUCGAGCACACAUUUGAAGUGCGACGGAAGGGUUACUGGACGCUUUUCGUCGAAUUCCCAGGAGACCGGUAUGCGAAAUCACCGCGGAAG